AAACUAAUCUCAAAAACGAUUCUCUACAAAAUCAAUCAAUCUCAGAAGUCUUCUCUCUCUCUCUCUAUCCUCAAACAAAGUAUGGCCCUUUAUCCUUUCUUCAUCUCAAUCUUCAUCUUCUCUUUGACCCUCUUCACUACGACGACCCAUUCCCUCAACGAACCCGACCCGGAUUCGAUUUCCACCGUUUACGAACUCCUCCCAAAGUACGGUCUCCCAAGCGGUCUCUUACCGGACACCGUCACCGAUUUCACCCUCUCCGACGAUGGCCGAUUCGUCGUUCACUUGCCCAAUUCCUGUGAGAUUGAAUUUGACUACCUCGUUCACUACGAUAAGACCAUAUCUGGUCGUAUCGGUUACGGUUCAAUCACCGAGCUCAAGGGUAUUCAGGUGAAGAAAUUCUUUAUUUGGCUCGAUGUCGAUGAGAUCAAGGUCGAUCUUCCACCUUCUGAUUCAAUCUACUUCAAAGUUGGCUUUAUCAAUAAGAAGCUUGAUAUUGACCAGUUUAAGACUAUACAUUCUUGUCACGAUAAUGGUGUCUCUGGCUCUUGUGGAGAUUCAUGGAAGAGUUUUCUCGAGAAAGGGCAAGGAAUGAUGGAUGAAGCGGAAAUGUUAAUCACCGAGUAAAACACUCUUGGCAGUCACAGAGUCUGCGACAACACGCAGAUAGAGUUGAGUCUCUAAGUCAUGUUUGUACAUAUACAUACAAUAACUAGACAAGUCUUUUCUGUAAGACUUGGUAUGAAAUGUCGAUAUAUCCAUUAUGUACGUCUUGUUAAAACUGGUUUCCACGAAAAUGUUGUAUCUCAUGACUAAAUGUCCCCGAGUUCGUUCCUCACCACCAUAGUUAGACUGUGUGGCCGUUAAGCUCCUUACUACUAGUUGUUGUAUCAUGUAUGGCAUAACGAAUGGAAGAUGCAUUCUAAGAGCUGAUAGGUUGUUUCAUAUAUUACAUUAGAAGGUGAUCUGCUUGAGAACUUGAUCUGUUUGACUCUUACCAGAUUAUACUAAGAAUACAUUCAAGUUCGGAAUGAUCUGCUUGAGAACUUGAUCAUUCUCGGUGACCGUAAGGGUUUUAGUGGCUGUGAUGAAGGAAAGGGCUGAGCACAAGCCUUGAUGUACAUUGAUGUCCUUGUUGAUGUGAUAGUGGAAUGGUUUUGAACUACUGAUUCGAGAGUCAUGGUGGCUGAGAUAUGCCGAACAAGAU